UUAUUAUAAAUAUUAUUAGUCAGUUUCAGCCUAGAUACAAUACAUUUGUCUUUCAGUUUUUAUCACUAAUGUAAUCGCAAAGGGAACGGAUUUGAGGAAAGCAAAUCUGCGAAAGCCAGAACGCCCGGUAGAAUAACAGUGAAAAAUCACCAAGGCCACGUACAGAUAAACUAAUAUUUGCCAAAGAGUUCAGUAUGCAUGAUACAAAAGAGAAAUUUCAAUGAACACUGUGAAUAGUUAAAAUGUCUUCCGAUACUGAAUCUUGUCAAUAUGGUGAAAGUAGAGCUCAACUUUGUUACGAUUUCGCUUCUUGGGAUUAUGUCGUAUUCGGAAUGUUGUUUGUUGUUUCGGCGUCCAUUGGAGUGUUUUUUGCAUAUCGAUCAAGGAACAAAACAGAAGACGAAGAUGAUUAUUUGCUCGGAGGCAGAAGCUUGUCUGCAAUUCCCGUAUCAUUAUCACUGACUUCAAGUUUCAUGUCAGCGAUUACAGUUCUUGGAACACCAGCAGAAUUCUACAUUUAUGGAACAAUGUUUUGGUGGUACGCUAUAUCCUACACAAUGGUUGGUAUCAUUGUGUCACAGAUUUAUAUUCCAAUAUUUUACCGUCUCGGAAUAACCAGCACUUAUGAGUACUUGGAAAAACGGUUCAGCAGGCCUGUACGAAUUUUAGCAACAACAGUAUUCAUUGUUAACACGGUGCUAUACGUUGGUAUAUGUAUAUAUGCCCCUGCAUUAGCACUCAAUGAAGUUACUGGAUUGGGAGUAUGGUGGUCGGUAGCGUUGACUGCAGUAGUGUGUACGUUUUAUACGACACUAGGAGGAUUGAAAGCAGUAGUAUGGACAGAUGUUUUUCAAUGCAUGGUUAUGUGGAUCGGAUUCAUCGCAAUUUUAAUCAGAGGGAGUAUUGUUAUGGGAGGAUUCGGGAAUAUUUGGAACAUAGCAUCAGAAGGAGGAAGAAUAGAAUACAAUAAAUUCUCAUUUGACCCCACAAUACGUCAUACUUUCUGGACAAUUACGAUCGGAGGAACAUUUCUAUGGACUGGUACAUAUGGCACAACGCAGUCAAUGGUACAACGUUACAUUAGUUGCAAAAGUGAAAAACACGCACAAGUAGCUGUGCUGCUGAACGUCAUUGGACUUUACAUAAUCCUGAUACUGACCGGUCUAUCUGGCCUCACAAUGUACGCUUACUAUGCCAGUUGUGACCCAUAUUCUAAAGAAUGGGUGGGUGCGACAGAUCAGCUCAUGCCCUAUUUUGUUCUAGAGCUAUUGCACGAUUAUCCUGGGUUGCCAGGUAUCUAUGUCUGCAGUGCUUUCAGUGGGACUUUGAGUACUGUCUCUACAGGCAUCAAUGCAAUGUCUACGGUGACAACUGAAGAUUACAUAAAACCUUUGAAAAGUCUUAGUCCAAGAACAACUAUUAUUCUGUCCAAAAUAUUUGUUGUGAUAUAUGGUGCGAUUUGCAUGGCAAUGGCAGUUCUGGCAUCGCAACUAGGAGGAGUACUACAAGCUGCUUUGAGUAUCAAUGGAAUAGUGGGCGGACCGAUGGUGGGAUUGUUCACACUUGGCAUGAUACUGCCAUGGAGUAACUCGAUCGGAGCCUUCGUUGGUGUCAUCUGCGGUUUGGGAUUUUCUUCUUGGGUGUAUGUUGGAAGUACAAUAUAUCCACCUUCAGCAGAGAAAAGAGGAGUUUUACCACUUUGUACAAAUAUGUGUAAUACUACGGCAGAUAUGUCAUGUGGAUUCAAUGAAACCAUGGAAAAGACAACUCUACCACCGUUCACAACAACAGUUGGUCCAACAGUAGAACCUCCACCUAUCGCAGCAUUCUAUUCACUGUCAUACGCUUACUAUCCAGUACUUGGAUUCUGUGUCACGAUCGUCAUCGGAUUACUCACAUCAUUUCUAACUGGAUACCAACACCCAUCCAAGCUGCCACCCGGAACGGUUUAUAGAUUUUUCGAUCAUCCUGUAUUUAUGUGGUUACCUAAAAAAGUUAGAAGAUGGCUUUGGUGCGGAGUUCGUCAUGGCGAAAACAAUGAUGACAAGGAUUAUAUCGGUGAUAUGUCGUAUGGGUUCGAAACUAUCCGUGAUACAAAGCAAGAUGAAGGAAAUUCAUAUCGGUAUAAAGGAGAUAAUGUUGACUUUAUUCCCGGGGGAGAGAAGAAUGGAAACGAAUAUGAAAAUAAAACAAACGGUUAUUCUGGACCCGAAUAUGGCUACAGCAACAAAGCGUUCCAACUACCUAACGAAGGGCCGAAUAUCACAAGCACAGCUUUAUAGAUCCAAUUUAGUGGGCAAAAUUUAAAAAGUUAGGUCAUUAAUUAGAGAAAGCAAAAGUAACGUUUUAACCUAUUCUGCUUAUUCUAACUAAGCCAGCAAGUAUGAAUACCCACGUGAAACUUUUCUGCUCGCGCUGUAGUUGCCAACCCAUUUAUUAUUACAUUCACCAAGCAAAGAUAUUUUUUCAGUACUAAAAUAGCUGGAGUAACGUUUACCUUCAUAAGUCCUAAAGGCAAUGCGUAUCUCCGAAGAAUAAUAAAGAUAUUACUUUUUCAUCCGUUUACUUAAAAAUAGAGAUUUUCACAUUAUGUUUCUGUGAACAUUGAACAAUGAAUUCCUGUGUUAAUUACAAUUGGAAUCAAAGCGUAUAUACAAUAAAAUAAUAAAUGCAUUGAUCAGAAGUGAUAUAUC